AUUCAAUUCUGGAAAUCGAGAGAGUCCUUUGAAGGCCUAUCCGUGCGCUCCGUCUUCUUCAAUAUCUUCUACUCGGCGGUCGUGGUGCUCUACGUCCUUGACAACGACACCAACUUUGUUGUAAAGGUGUCCGUCGUUAUAGCGUUGGGUAUCGAGAUUUGGAAAGUCAAAAAAGUUGUCAGUAUCGCGGUUGAUCCGGAGAGGAAAUUGUUGGGUUCUUUGCCCUAUCCCAAACUGAUUUGGCAGUCAAGUUACGUGGAAUCGGACACGAAGGCUUACGAUCAGAUGGCUUUCAAGUAUCUUUCCUGGGUCCUCUUCCCAUUAUUAGCUGCUUAUGCAGGCUACUCGCUCAUCUAUGAAGAACAUCGAGGAUGGUAUUCCUGGGUUUUGUCCAUGCUAUAUGGCUUCUUCUUGACUUUUGGCUUCAUCGCAAUGACCCCGCAGCUCUUCAUCAACUACAAGAUGAAAUCAGUUGCUCACUUGCCUUGGCGCAUGCUUACCUACAAGGCUCUGAAUACCUUCAUUGAUGAUUUAUUUGCCUUUGUCAUUCGUACUCCUACCCUCUAUCGGAUUGGGUGUUUGCGUGACGGUGAGUCGCUUUUGCAGUUUUCAUCGUUCUUUUUACUGCCUCUUGAGUUUACUUGGUCUGGCGAGCUGGCCAGUGUGGGUAUCUUCCUCGUACCAUUUUAUUGUGCGGCACCAGUUUAG